AUGACUCUCCAAACGGUUGCUCUUGUCGUAGUAACGGCACUUUACUUCAUCAUCCGCUAUUUCAAUCGAACUGAUAUUCCAAAGAUCAAGGGUAUUCCUGAGAUUCCUGGUGUGCCCCUCUUCGGUAACUUGCUGCAGUUAGGCGAGCAACACGCAACGGUAGCCGCGAAAUGGGCAAAGAAAUUCGGUCCAGUCUUUCAAGUGCGCAUGGGUAAUAAGAGAAUUGUUUUCGCGAAUAGCUUCGAUUCCGUGCGCCAGAUUUGGAUCAAGGACCAGUCGGCUCUGAUCUCUCGACCCACAUUCCAUACCUUCCACAGCGUUGUCUCUAGCUCUCAGGGAUUUACUAUUGGUACCUCCCCAUGGGAUGAGUCCUGCAAGCGUCGUCGCAAGGCGGCAGCCACGGCCCUCAACCGACCUGCGGUGCAAUCUUAUAUGCCGAUUAUCGACCUUGAAGCCAACUCCAGUAUCAAGGAACUAUACCGGGAUAGUAAGAAUGGAACCUGCGACAUCAACCCCACGGCGUACUUCCAGCGAUUUGCGCUUAACACCAGUUUGACAUUGAACUAUGGAUUCCGUAUCGAGGGCAAUGUGAACGACGAGUUGCUGCAGGAGAUUGUAGAUGUGGAGCGUGGUGUCUCGAAUUUCCGCAGUACCUCAAACAACUGGCAGGAUUAUAUUCCUUUGCUCCGGCUCUUACCUAAGAUGAAUAACGAGGCCCAAGAAUUCCGCGCUCGUCGUGACAAGUACUUGACAUAUCUCCUGGACAUGCUGAAGGACCGAAUUGCCAAGGGUACCGAUAAGCCUUGCAUCACUGGAAAUAUUAUUAAGGAUCCCGAGGCCAAGUUGAAUGAUGCCGAGGUGAAGUCGAUUUGUCUGACCAUGGUUUCUGCCGGUCUCGACACUGUUCCUGGAAAUCUGAUCAUGGGUAUUGCAUACUUGGCGUCGGAGGAUGGUCAGCGCAUUCAAAAGAAGGCCUAUGAUGAAAUCAUGAGCGUCUACCCCGACGGCGAUGCUUGGGAAAAGUGCUUGGUGGAGGAGAGAGUGCCUUAUAUCACAGCUCUGGUCAAGGAGGUUCUGCGAUUCUGGACAGUCAUCCCGAUCUGUCUUCCUCGCGAGUCAACCAAGGAUAUCACAUGGAAUGGCGCAACAAUUCCCAAGGGAACGACAUUCUUCAUGAACGCCUAUGCCGCCGAUUACGACGAGGAUCAUUUCAAGCAAGCCGACAAGUUUAUCCCAGAGCGAUACCUCGAACUUGAGGAAGGAUCAGGCACCCCACACUAUGGAUACGGAGCCGGAUCUCGGAUGUGCGCUGGGUCUCAUUUGGCGAACCGUGAACUUUACACGGCAUUCAUCCGUCUUAUCACCGCGUUCCAAAUGAAGCCAGCACAAAAGGCAAGUGACCUUCCGAUUUUGGAUGCGAUUGACUGCAAUGCCAUCGCUACUGCCCUCACCACUGAGCCUAAGCCUUUCAAGGUCGGCUUUGUUGCUCGGGAUCCUAAGAAAUUGGAGCGAUGGAUUGCGGAGAGUGAUGAACGUACGAAGGAUCUUUGA